AUGUUCGAGGGUCUACUGUCCGACAGGAGCGAAAUGUUUUGGUACGAAGAAACCCUCGAAGACCCCUUUGCCUGGCACUACCGCUGGGCGUCAUUCGCCGGGCUGAUUCUCCCUCGAGCCUGGAUCGACGGCAUGGUAGCGGUAAAUCAAGAGCGACUGUUUUUCAACCGUCACCCCGGAGGAGGAAAGCGUACAGCCAAGAGGACCUGGCGGGACGAGGUUUCCCCAGGGAUACAUCAUGACAUGGAAUCUAUCCUUCGGAAGUGGUUGCCCCCAGUGCUUCUAGCGCGAUUUGAAGUUCCACCUUGAAGUAUCGACGAUUUGUGUUUGUAGCUGCGGUGGUUGUUCGUCCAACAAAAAAGCUGUUUUGCGUCAGAUAUUAUAGCUUGCAUGCACCACGCAGCCUUCCCGCAGCAGAAAUUACCUGAAAGCACAACCGCAAAGACUGUU